UCAAGAGUCGUUCCGGUGACCAGGCUCUACAGCCUUCCUCUGAUAAACUACAGCCUCGAGUAUUUUCUUCCCUUUUGUGGACUCCUCUCCUCUUCCUGCUCAUGGGAGUAGGAGCCUCUGAAAAGGACUUAGCCCCAAGAGUGGUACAAGGGAUUCUAGGAGGUUCUGUGACUCUUCCUCUAAACAUUUCAAGAGACACCGAGGUUGAGGAAGUCGUCUGGAGUAGUUCCAAAGAGGUUCUUGUUUUAGUACGUCCCAAUGAUGAUAUACAUAUUCUGGCCAAAAGCUACAAGGGCCGACUAAACAUCCAGUGGAGCUAUUCCCUGUACUUAAGUAACUUAGGCCAAGAAGACGCAGGAUCCUACAAAGCCCAGAUAAACCGAAAGAAUUCUAACACUUCCCAUCAGGAGUUCACGCUGCAAAUCUAUGAACAGCUACAGGAGCCUCAAGUUGCUAUAAAGUCUAUGAACAUAUCCGUGAACAGUUCCUGCAUCAUCACCUUGUCAUGCACUGUGAAGGGGGCAACAAAUGGCGUCCAAUACAGCUGGACCCAAAAGGACACUCAGUCUUCUGAACCCCAUGGUGGCCCCCUCUUCACCGUCUCCCAAAGACUCUGUGACUCAGACCUCCCAUACACCUGCACAGUCCGGAACCCCAUCAGCCAGAGUAGCUCCCGCCCUAUCCAUGCCUGGAAGUUCUGUAUAGCAGCAAACCCAGGAGCCUAUGGAAGAAAAACAAUGGGGGAGACCAUGGUGGGGACCCUGGGAGAGUCGUUUACCCUACCCCUAGCACUCUCAGCCAGUCAGUACGUGAAGAAUGUGGUCUGGAUGUUUAACACGUCUGUCAUCAGCAACAAAUGGGAGGAAGCAGUAACAGCAGAUCCUCCCAUUACGCACAAGAGUCCUAAGGACAAUAGGAAUUGGGUGUCUGGCCAGGACUACUCCCUGAAGAUCAGCCGGCUGGAGAUGGAGGAUGCUGGCACCUACCAUGCCUAUGUGUGUUCAGAGGCCUCCGAAGUCACCAGUGUGAGGCACAUCACUCUGCUCAUCUACAAAAGGCUGAAGAAACCAACAGUCGUUCCAAGCCCCAUGCACACCAAGGACGGGAGCUGCGAGAUCAACCUUACCUGCUCGGUGGACGAUGGCGGAAACAAUGUGACAUACACAUGGACGCCUGUGCAGAAGGGAGCUGUCAUGAUCCAAAGGGGCCCACACCUCAAAGUCUCCUGGAAAAGUGGCGACAGUCACCCCAACUUCACAUGCACAGCCAACAACCCUGUCAGCAACAGCUCGAGUCAGUUCCUCUCGUGGACCAUCUGUUCAGGCCCUGAGUGGAACAAGAGCCUUUGGAUCGGGCUCCUCUUGGCCAUUUCCAUCCUUCUCCUCCUUGGAAUUUGUGCUGUGAGCAUUUGGAAGCAGAAGAGACAGUGGAGAUUUCUAAGAUCUGCAUCCACCAGUUCAACCCCAACCUUCAAUUUCAGCCAAGCUGAGGCCCCCGCUGACACACCAGAACCCCAAGCUGACCACACAAUAUACACCUCUGUCUCCCAACGGUACGAGAAAUUGAACACUCCCCCUAAGACGACGAGGCAUUGGUCUAGGCCCGCCACAGACACCAGCUCUGACAGUAACGCCACAACAGAGGAGGAGGAUGAAAGGACGGAACUGCCCAGUGCUGUCAAUGGAAGAGAUGAGGUGUAUGGCUUGGGCGCUCAGGGGAACAGUGCAUACGACCUGGCCUUUCGGGGACAAGCGGAGUAUGACGUCACCCCAGAUGACACAGUGGUUAAGUCUGAGGUUGAAAGGGACUUGAAUUAUGUACAAGUGAUCCUUAAUUUCCAUGGAAAUAGUCCAGCUCCUCAGAAGAAAGAGAGUUCAAACACAAUCUACUCUUCUGUGCAAAAACCUCGGACGAAGGUGCCACCACCACAAUUUGAUGCUCCUGAGUCUCCUGACACCUCUACCUAUGAGAAUUUCACCUGAAAAGAAACGAAAAGAAAAGCAGCUGCUACCUCUCUCCAGGGGCCUGGCUUUUGGAGAAGCAGCUGGGACCUCAUAAGUCCUGGUACUUCUGCAACGAGAAGCACAGCAGAAUUUCUGACAGUGACCCAGACAUGCUGGGAUGUGACCUCUUCUCCUGCCCAUGUGGACUUUUGAGCCUAUUGAUGGCUCAGACAGAGGCUCCUUCUCCGAGCCUCCAGGCUUCAAACAUCCUGCUCUAUUGUCUCUGUCUUUGUCUCUAUUGGUUGCACACAGUUUCCUCCUCAAACUCCAAACUCCGCCAAGCGUGCUCUCCUCCACCUAGUCUUGGAAUGCAUGUGGCUUCUGUGUAGCGUCAGGCUUAUGCAGUUUCUUCAGGUCAGAUGUUGUUGAAGUGAACCAGAACAGACCAUCCUUCACCUCACUGUCAUCUUCUACAAAAAUAAACCCAAUAGACAUUUUCACACAUGGACACACAGAUAUGUGUAAAAUAAUAUUCACUGUUGUAUUAUCUACAAUUUAAAGAAAAUGUGAAACAAACUAGUCAUCCACGUAGCAAGUCUGGUUAGGUACAGGAUCAUAACACCCAUGCAGAGACAAACGUGUAAAGAAAGGUCUGACUUACAUUACCACACAUCAAGAAGAAAGUCCAGAGCCGUAUGCUACCCGCUGGAUUAGAAAAAUGUCCGUUUGGGCAGGAGGGAUGGUUUAGCUGUUGAAGCCUGAGGACCCAGGUUCAAUUCCCCAGUGCCCACGUAAGCCAGAUGUACAAGCCCACUCUCUCUCUUAUCUGCCUCU